AAUCUUUAAAGGAGAGUGACGUCACUGGCACUGCAGGAUUCAGAGAAAGUGAAACUUAUCCAAUCAAAAACAACGGACGCCUGAAAUUAUCAACUUUAAACAAAUGUAUGUUUGUUGAGUCGUUCAGAAACCACUGUAGACACAUUUAAUACUCACAGAUAUGUCCUCCUCCAGUGGUCCUCUGACUGAGGAGCUUCAGUGCUCUAUAUGUUUGGAGGUGUUCACUGAUCCGGUCAGCACUCCAUGUGGAAACAACUUCUGCAAGACCUGUCUGAAUACAUUCUGGAACAACAGCCGGACCUGCAGCUGUCCAUACUGUAAAGAAACAUUCACACAAAGACCUGAUCUCAAGAUUAACACCACACUAAGAGACAUCUCAGAGCACUAUAAAGAGAAAAGUCCUGAGGAAAAGGCUGAAGUUGUGUGUGACGUCUGUGAGGACAGAAAGCUGAACGCCCUGAAGUCGUGUCUGGUGUGUCAGAGCUCUUACUGUCAAACUCACCUGGAGCCUCAUUUGAGAGUGGCAGGUUUAAAGAAACACAAACUGAUGGAUCCUGUGAGGAAUCUGGAGGACUAUAUAUGUCAGAAACACGACAGACCUCUGGAGCUCUUCUGUAGAGAUGAUCAGACGUGUGUGUGUUCAUUCUGCUGUGUGAAAGAGCACAAAAACCACAACACUGUCCCUCUAGAAGAGGAGGUUGAAGACAAGAAGACUGAACUGAUGAAGACACAGAAAGACGUGCAGCAGAUGAUCCAGGACAGAAUCAAGAAGAUUCAAGAAGUCAAACACUCAGCAGGAGUCAGAAAAAUAAACUCAGAGAAGGAGAAAGCAGCUUGUGUGGAGAUCUUCACUGAUCUGAUCCGCUCCAUUGAGAGAUGUCAGACUGAACUGCUGGAGAUGAUGGAGGAGCAGCAGAAAGCAGUAGAGAAACAGGAGGAAGAGCUGAUUGAAGAGCUGGAGCAGGAGAUCACUGAGCUAAAGAUGAGAAACACUGAGCUGGAGCAGCUCUCACACACUGAAGAUCACCUCCACCUCCUACAGAUUUACUCAUCCCUGCAGUGCAGACCUGCAGACACCAGGAACUGGCCUGAGAUCAGUCUGAAGACUCGGGAGAAUCUGGAGACUCUGAGAGAAACUUUAGAUCAGCUGAAGGACACUCUAAAUGAGAAACUCAGUCAAACUGUGUCUUCAGAGCUGAAGUGGAUGCAGCAGUAUGCAGUGGAUGUGACUCUUGAUCCUGAUACAGCUCAUCCUGAACUCAUCCUGUCUGAUGAUGGAAAACAAGUGAAACAUGGAGACAUUGAGCAGGAACUCCCUGACAAACCACAGAGAUUUGAUCAGUGUCCCUGUGUCCUGGGAAAGGAGGGAUUCUCCUCAGGGAGAUUUUAUUUUGAGGUGCAGGUGAAGGGAAAGACUGACUGGGAUUUAGGAGUGGCCAGGGAAUCCAUUAACAGAAAGGGAGAUAUCAUACUGACGCCCAGUGAUGGAUUCUGGAUUGUGGUUCUGAGGAAUGGGAAUGAAUAUAAAGCCGGUGCUAGUUCUCCUGUCUCUUUGUCUCUGAAAGUGAAUCUGCAGCAGGUCGGUGUGUUUGUGGAUUAUGAGGAGGGUUUGGUCUCCUUUUAUGAUGUGGAGUCCAGCUCUCAUAUCUACUCUUUCACUGGUCAGACUUUCAUUGAUAAGCUCUAUCCAUUUUUCAGCCCAUGCCUAAACAUUGCAAGUAAAAACUCAAACCCACUGAUCAUCAUACCUGUCUAAUAUUCUAAAAUAAUUUAUACCCCUAAUUUCAAAUAUUACAUAUUAUUAUUAUUAUUAUUAUUAUUAUUAUAUACCAGUAAUUGUUUAUUAUUAAAACUCCUACAACUGAAAGGCAGAACAUCUUUAUGUUUUGUUUUGUAGCAUAAAUGAUGUGUUGAAAUCCUGAGAAGUCAAAUCUGUUUGAUUUAGUUUUCUCCCGUCACCUCCUGGCAAAGUAAAACUGAUCAUAUUUUCAUCUGAAUAAACCAUAAACAAUAAAGAAUGUUCACUGACAAAAUUCCAGUAUUACUCGAUGGCUGUUUCUCUCUGAUGAUGGAAAAAGUAGAGCACUUUAACAUGCUUUCACAAAGUGUUUUUACUACACAGAAAUACUCGACAGCACAGUUAAAUGUGUUUACAUGUAAUGUUUUUGAACACCUUAACAUGUGUUAUAUGUAAUAUGGUUAAAUUUUACUUAUUGAUAUGUUUACAGACAGUUAAUGCUUAAAUAAUAUACUUUAACAUUGUUUUAAUGCAUACUACUACGUCAUUAUAUUUAAGAAUGAAGUUGCAACUAAUAAAUAUCUUAGUAAAAUAAGUACAUUUAAUGGAAUUCCGGGAGUUUUCCGGGAGACAGAACAAUACGGGAGAUGGGUCUGAAAUACGGGAGGCUCAGGAGAAAAACGGGAGUGUGGGCAGGUAUGGUUAAACAUAUUUAAUCAUUUACAUAAAGCAUUUUAUUAGUAGGGCUAUAAACAGUUCCUAGACUUUUCCCCCAGUUGUUGUACAAGAUAUCCUCUUCUCUAAGAGUGAUUUCAUCUCUGUUUGUGUAAGCUGUUGUUUAAUGUUGCUGAUGGCUCAUUAUUAUAUCCGUGCUCGUGAGUUUAAUAUAUU